AGAGUAUUGAAACUGUCGUCUUCGAGUGAAAUGACUCCUUACUUGUUAAUUAUUCUUUCAUGCCUCAAAAUUCUCUGUAAAACUUUUCCGCGCGAUUUAAACACACCCUGACACAUGAUAAUAUCUCCGGCUCAUCCUGAUAAGCAAAACCAAUAGCUGAGAUGAGUUCGGCAAAACGCAAACCUCGUACUCCAUCCCCUCUCGAGGACGAGGGUUUGUUUACGGGGCCAAAUCAAGAGGAUUCAUAUACGGGACAAAAUACAGAAGAUUCAUUUACUGGAAAAAAUAAGGAGGAUUCGUUUGCCGGUCGCAAGUUGUCGGUUUCGGAGUUCGACUCUCCAGCAUUGCUGGAUUACGAUGCAGUGGCUUCACCAAGCGCGUCCAGCACGUCUUCUGAGCCCAGCUACGUACGACAACCUGGGUUCGAGCAUCACGCGCAUGAAGUUCCAGUUGGGAGAUCAUCACAUACUCAGCAAAGUGACUUGAAAACUCAGAAAAACUUGCUGCCCAAGAGAAUCAAGAAGAAAAAAUGUCGUCCGGAUGAAGGGUGUGACAUGAUUGCUAUCGAUGUAGGACCAAGUGUUCCCUCAACUAGACCAAAAAUAAAGAAAGAACCUCUACCAAUGAAGCUGCGAGACUUGCCACCGAGCUUCUGGGUGCAGCCCAACAGAGCGAGCUGUCUGCCACCGUCUGGCACGCUGCUGCCACCGCUGCUGCUGGGCAAGGACUAUCAUGACGUCACAGACGUACGGCCGGUCACUCCCCCAGAGGUCGGUGAGCAACGAGUGUGUAGGGGAGACGGCAGUAAGUACUCCGUUUCUUCCCCCUCACCCACUCUCUCCAGCCACUCACUCCUCAACCUACAUCACUCACCAUCAUCGUCAUCAAUCAUAAGCUCCACCAUCAACACAUCUCCUUCAUCAUCUUCACUAUCGGCCCUAGCAUCACAGACAUCAUCUUCAUCAUCACAACCCAAAUCAUCCAUUUUUACUGGCUCUCUACAUUCACCGCCACCCGAUGCUGUGAUGUCACCUAAUAUACAACCCUGCACAUCACCAACAUCACUGUACUCUGCAUCACAAUCUCCUACCAUGAAACAUCAUCCAUCCUACUCAUCGCAAUCUUCUUGUCCUGCUUUAUUCGGCGAUUUAUCUCAAUCUCCACAUUCAUCUUCACCAAUUCUACUAUCGUCGACCAAGUCAUACCAAGAGCGCCGGGGCGAAACCAUCAUCAAAGUGGGCAACACGGACCUUCUUUUUAGCCUCUUCGAUAAGGUUGAGCAAGGAGACCGAAGAAAACUUCAACUCUUGAAGAGAACUCGGGUGAGGAAAGGUAGCAACCCGCCUCCGGUGCGCCACCACCGGGACGACGACCCGUGCCUCGUGGGCGCUGUGACGGAGGGCCUCUUGCCGCUGCUCGACUCCACCCCUCACUCGUCAGGGGCGUCCACCCCACUGGGGACCAGGCAUACCCAGCAGGUUGUAGAAAUGGUGAACCUGAAAGGAAGCAACCGCACGUGGUCGCUGCCAUCCCUAAACGUCGAGCCAAACUACAGCCAGAUGCUGUCCGAGCUCGUCAUGAAACUUUGACCUCAUAUCAACAUGAUUACUCGCUCGGCUGUUUUGUAAAUUUUAAUAUGUAAUAUGGCUCGGUCAACUGUUUUGUAAAUCCUAAAAAUACGGCGCUGUUAACUGUUUUUUAAAUCUUAAAAAUAUGGCUCCGUUAACUGUUUUGUAUAUCCUAAAAAUACGGCUCCGUUAACUGUUUUCUAAAUCUUAAAAAUAUAACUCCGUUAACUGUUUUGUAAAUCUUAAAAAUACGUCUCCGUUAUCGGUUUGCAAAUCUUAAAAUAAUAGCUUUAUUAGCUGUUUUUCAGAUCCUAAAAUAUGACUUUAUUAACUGUUUUGUAAACCAUUAGAGAGUGACGCGAUCGACUUAUUUUGUAAAUCUUUAGACAAUCACUACAUUGACUGUUUCGAAAGUUCAAAAACAAUGACAUGAUUGAUUGUUUUUGAAAAUUUGAAAAACAUUGACGUGCUUGCCUGUUUUGUAAAUCUCGAACGACUGACAGACGUCAGGAAUUUCUGAAGUCCGAAUGAUAUUUUAUCUCUCAAUUCCAUACGGUAUUAUAAAGACCUAUUGUUACACAUGAGUAGUUUCUUCUACGCGGCAUAAUGCAAUAUUGAACGAAAUGUUUUUAUGAACAGUGCACAUUAUCAUUGAUGUGGGACCAUAAUUCUAGCGUUGUUUAAAUUAAAUUGAACACAUCUGGAUCGAUCAAAUAGGAAAUUGGUCAUUCACUUCUUAAUAUCCGUUAUAUAAUCGCUCAUUUUAGAAGAACGCAAACAUAAACUCUUCAGCAAUGAUAUACAAGUAAAUUUUCGGUCAAAUUUCAAUUAAAUGUUUCGAGAUUUCUGCUUAAUAUAUCAGCUAAAAUGAGAUUAUUUGAACAAGAAGAGAGAAACUUAAUGAAUCUAAACUCACAAAGAUAAAAGUCAGUUAUUUGUACCAGUCUAAAUUUGCCUUGAAAAACUUUGAGUAGAAUAAACCCAAUAAAGAUUAAGCGAGAAAAAUGGCACGGACUUCGAUUUAGUGACAACCGGUUUUGUAAUUCAUGCUUCUCUUCCUAAAAAGGAAAGGAAUUUAAUGAUUUUACAGAACCCAUUUGAAUUAUACAUUAAACUUGUUAAUUUUCCUGUCAAGGAAAAUUUCCGCAAGUUAUACGAUUAAAUUUUUGUUUCAUGCAACAAGCCAACAACAUAUAAAUUUGUUAUACUACUUAGACCAAGAAUGAAUUCAUUUCAGUCAUGUAGGUAUAUAUCACGAGGCUCAAAUUAAUCUUCGGUUUCGAUAUUUAUUUUUCCACAAACGUAUCCAUUUAAUAGCUAUGCUCAAUUAAAUAAGAGCAUUUUUGACAGCCCGGAACUGAUUUAAACUCUAAACAAUGCAUUGUGUCGCGAAAGCUUCAGAGCUCAUUCAUGUUCAAAUGUUUACAUUAACACGAUCAUACUCGCGUGUAAAUAUGAGCAUGAAUAAUGAGAACAUUUCUCCAUUGAUUAUGAAAGCUCUCACGUAAACCAACCUCAUUGACUUGCAAACUCCUACACUUCUUAUCACUUAAAGCAACGUUACAUCUCGUCCAGCGAACUGAACUAAUGUUUCGGAACCUCCGGUCAUUAGAUAAACGUAGUAUUUCUGUAGAAAUGAUAAUUGAAGCUUUUUAACAUGUGUCUGUGGGAUUUGUGGUCAGUUGCGUACGAGAAUCCUUUCUGUGUAAGCAUGUAUAGAGGUUUUCCUCAGUGGACUGGAAAUUAGAAACCGCUGUUCUUGAUUUUGGUACAUUAGAAUCUUAAUUCGAACAAUGCGAUGAAUUUUUUUUCACAACUGCAUGGGUAGUUUUUUCAAUACUAUUAUUUAUAAUUUUUAUUAGACAAUUUUCAUACCAAGUUUGAUUUUGUUGUUGUAAAAGUGUAAUUUUUGUACAUUUAGCAUGUUAGAAGCAGAUAUUAGAUACAGGUAUUGGUUAUUGACACGUUCAUAAAACUGACCCUGAGCUAAUUACAUCUUAGUAAUUACUAAGAUCUACUGAUCCUGAGCUAAUUACAUCCCGUAUCGGAUUGAAUAUUUCUAAUUUGUGAUAUAACAACGGACCAUGCACGAGUGUUUCUCUGUAUAGAAUUAAU